AUGAACAAGUGGGUCGGCCGCAAGAACCUCCAUUCUCGUAUCUGCCAGUACCUUCGUUCACCACGUGUUGCCAAGUUCAGCAACGAGUCGAUGUUGAAGCAAGAAGAGGCACUCACUGAACUGGAUGCUUCGAUUGACGACUGGGUGAACAAGCUGGAACAAGCAGAGAACCGACGUACUCGUGUCCGACAGAAGCUGCUCGAGCAUGUCGCUGCAGCAGCUUGCCUCCCUAUCUGGGGAUCAACUCUGACACAGGAGCCUCAAAUGACUGGGACUUCUGCUUCUGGCAUCAACUACAUCUCGACGCCUCCUCGAAGCCCUUCCAAGGAGUCGCCCAUCUCGCCUCACAACACGAGCAGCUCGCCUUCUCCUCAUCGCGUUGUGGCUCAAGUACCUAGCACGAUCGUGGAACAGCCUGUCAUUGAAGAACAGGCUAUGGAGGAGAAUGACAAGCGGGCUACGAGUCCUGUAUCCAUGAAGCGAAAUGAUGUGGAGAGCAUCCGCAUCUAUGCUGGCGAUGAUGUGUACUCUCUAUUGGCUGACGUCGAAGACGAAAUCACCAAAAUGAGCAAGCAAGUGGUACACGAACCCACCCCUCCUACCAACGCCAAAGAAUCAAACCGCAUCGCCGUCCACCGUCAGAGGAGUCACGAGCUUCUCAACGGAUUGUCUACAGAAAACCAUUCGACUAAAAGGCGGGACUUCUCCGAGGGCAGAGCAGUCUCUCCCCUUGCACCUACACCCAACCCUGUAACGACGACGAACACGACCACCUCCACUACCAACGCCGGGCAGAAUGUUCCACCAGCAGAUGGCCUGCCUCUGCUCGCAAACGUUGUCUAUCGCCCUUGA